AUGGAUUUGGACGACAAGUCGCGACUCAGAAAUGUAUUUUGGGUAGAUAAUCGGUGUAGGCAAGCAUACAAGAAGUUCGGUAAUGUCGUUACAUUUGAUGCCACUUAUCUCACUAACAAGACAUGGCUUCAAUGCAUGUAUUAUCAUGCUCCACAAGGUAUAAUUACCCAUCAAGAUAGGGCAAUGCAUGCAAUUCAGAUUAUUUUUCCUAAUACAAAGAAUAAAUGGUGUUUGUGGCACAUUUUGAAGAAGUUUCCAGAGAAAUUUGGCUAUUGCGUGGAUAAAGGUUCCAAAUUUGGGGCUAUAUAUGGUUUGGUGUAUGAUUCACAGUUUACUAAGGAAUUCAAAGACGAUUGGAAUACAAUGAUUGACAUGUAUGACUUGCAUAAUAAUGAUUGGUUAUCUGGAUUCUGCGUGCAUUCAAAAACCUCGUUGAAGCAGUUCGUCGAACAGUAUGAACGCGCUCUUAGGAAUAAGGGCAUACUUUGCAGACAUGCGAUCAUAGUGCUGGCAUGGAUUAACAUCACGCAUAUUCCAGAAAAGUACAUAUGGCGAAGAUGGAGAAAAGAUGUCCGUAGAGCACACAUGAAGGUUGCAAUAAACUACGAUGGGUUGGUCCUCAAUCAGUGCACUGAUUUAGCAAAUAGUACAAGUGUUAGCAUAUUGGAUCUGAUGUUGACUCUAAGAAAGGGAGCGCCAAAGAAGCUCAGAAGAAAAAGCCCAUUGGAGGCUGCAUCGAAUAAAGCGAAAUCAGGUUUGAAGUCAGCCACCUGUAAGAGAUUGACAAUGAGCAACACUAGUAUGCUUGAUGGAGGAUUCAACGUCUAG